UACUUCCGGAGUUCAGAGUUCAAAGUUUGGCCAUGUGUGUUUUUAGGGAAGGUGUGCCUCUGCUUUGUAAAUACUAGAUUUGACUAUGAAACCUAAUUUAUUCGUUAUUUUUAGGUGAUUUUAUUUUCCUCCUAUUUGUACGAUAUGACCGCCUCAACCCCAGAGCUGAUCACGUUGAUCUAUCGCCACCUGAAGGAGCAUGGCUUCCACACGGCUGCAGAGGAGCUACAGAAGCACAGCCUACAGGUCAGCACCCACUCGACUGCUCAAGUUACUACAUGUGAACAAGCGCUAUGCAAAGUUAGUGAGGCACCAACAUCCACAACGUUACAGGACGUCUAUAGUUCAUGGUUAAAGUCUUCAAAACGAAAAACAAAGUCUGCGACGUCAAAGCGCUCUGCUCCAGACAAGAAACAAACAACACCCAAUAAAGCAAAUCCACAGAAGAAAAAGACAGGCAAAACUACUAAACAGGCAGGAUCACCAAAUAAAAAGCAGAAAAAUGGUGAUGGAAAUGCAGCAGAAAAAUUAGUCAAAUCCAGUACAUCAAAAGGUCCAAAGAAAGAAGAUGAAGGGAGGGAGGACUCUGACUCGGACAGCAGUUUGGACGUGGAGAAGUGGAAGAGACUUGUUGAGCAGAUGACAGAUGCUGACCUGGCUAAAGUGGAAGCCUUAAAUGCCCUGGUUGAUCCUGAACCCAAAAAACCGAGGGUGAGAAAGCCUCGAGCCAAACCAAACCCCAAAACAGAAACUCCCACUGGCAAACAGGAGCAACUGAGUAAAACAUCUGAUAAAACUACAGAGGACAAAACGGCUAAAAGUGCAAAUGUGAUUUCAACAACAAGACAGAGCCCUAAAAAAGAGAAAAGGAAAGCUACUACAGACCAAGCUACAACUGAGCCUAAACAGAAAAAGAAGAAAACUGCAACUGUAGAUAAUGCUAUUGUAAAUGCUACAGAUAGAAUUAUUGACAAAAAUUUAGAAAAAGAUGCUAAAACACCUCAUUCAACUGAACUCAGACUAACAAAGGGAAGUCAACAAAACACAACGAAUGAUCAAACUGGGAGUAAGACGAAAAAGAGGGAUACAACUCAAAAUAAGGUUACAGCAAAUGCUACAGAUGGAGAAAUUAACAAAAAUGCAGACUAUAAUAAAAAUGAUCAAACAAGCAAUCAAACAACAAUUAAAUUAAAAGAGGGAAGUCCAGAAAAAAUGUCCAGUCUCCAAACUGAGUCAAAAAAGAAAAAGAAGGAUGCUACUCACAGUAAGGUCACUGCAAAAGCCUCAGACAGAGAUGCUGUAAUUGACAAACAUGUAGACAAUAAAAAAGAUGUUAACACAAGCGAUCAAACAACAGUUAAACUACCAGAGGGAAGUCCAGAAAAAGCAUCCAAUCUUCAAACUGAGUCAAAAAAGAAAAAGAAGAAGGAUGCCACUCCAAGUAAGGUCACUGCAAAUGCUUCUGAAGGAGAUGCUGACAAAAAUGUAGACAAUAUUGAAGUUGCUAUAUCAAGCAAUCCAACAAUUGAACUAACAGAGGGAAGUGCAGAAAAAUCUUCCAAUAUUCAACCUGAGCCCAAGAAGAAAAAUAAGAAAAUUGAAGGGGAAGAUAAAGUAACUGUAGAUGUGUUAGUGGAUCAAAAUGUUGAAAUAAAUACAGUAGAGGAUAUAAAUGGUAACCUGGAAACAGAUGACUUGAUUAGUUCACUAAACACUUCUAAUGCUGAGUCUAUAGAGAAGGCAAAAAAGAAGAAAAAGAAAAAGGACAAAACAAAAGAGAAUGGGGAGCAAGCAGUUACUGAAGCAAAGCUCAACGCUCUAACCAAUGAAGGAACUUGUGAGAAAGCUGCAGUAGAAUCCGGUCAGGACACAGUAGAAACAGUCCCUAAAAAGAAGAAGAAGAAAAAAGACAAAGACAAGGAGGAAUUAGAGACUUUACAGCAGGAAAAUGUUAUUGCAGAGACUGUUGAUGUUGAGGAAACUCAGCAAAUAAUAGUGAAAAAGAAAUCCAAAAAGAAGAAAAAGGAGGGUGAAGAACAUUUGGAAACAGAGGGAGAACAAGUCAAAACACCAGUGACUCUGGACAGCAAUGGAAAAGUGCCCGAAGAAACUCCAGAUGUCAUGUCCACUCCACAGACACCAGGCUCAAAGAAAAAAAAGCACAAGUUAAAAAUCAAGGAGCUCACUGAGGCAGAUGCUGUGUCACAGAUGCAAGAAAGUGAGACUCCAAAAAAGAAAAAGAAAACAUCCUCCAAGAGCAAAGAAACAGAAAGUUAACGCAAUUUGAACUCCAUCCAGAUGAGUUGUGCAUCUUUUUUAUUGAAUGUAGAGAGUGGUAUUACUGUGGUACAUUUUUAUGUAUCUCUGUAUUUGUUGAGAUUUUUAUUCCUUUUACUGAGUGCCCUAACAUGUACAGUUUUUUAUAUAUUUUGUUUUAUAAAUGAACAGUAUUUUUCCCAAAUCAAGAUCUUACAUGAUAAAAAAAAUCAUGUGAUACUAGUGUGUAAAAGCAACAAAAAAUUGGAUCAGCGUACAAAUAAGUGUUGUGGAAAAAAUUAUGUAUCUCUUGAUGAUAAAUAAUGAAUCAAUUUGCGAAGCCUUUUGACUUUUUAGAAUACAGACAAAGGUUUAUUAUUGGUAUAGCAGAUAUGGACAUGGCCUAGGCCUUCCCUGGUCAGGGACCAACAGCCUCUCCUUCUCUCCAUCUCCCCACAGAGCAUCUGAGCUCUGAGUAUUUAUACAUACAUACUGUACAUAUCAAAGCAUUGUUUCACAGACUUAGGUCUUAGGUAGUAAGAGGAGUAAGUGGAGACAGUUGUGUCUGCUGAGCCUUUGCACAUUUUAAUGACUGGUUUGGUCUCAGGUAGAAAUUACAUUCAUUUAGAGAAAUAUUUUCCAUCAAAUUUCCAUCACAUAAGUUUAUUCACUUUUCACAUAAAUUUAUUCACUGACUGAAUAAAGAAUAUAUGUACUGUCUAUGAUGCCCACAUAUCAAGUUUAAAUUUUAAGUGAGACAAUUUGUCAUGUUAUUAAAAAAUAAAGAAAAUAUACUUUGA